AAUAGGUAGAGUCCAAAACAAAUGAAUAUGGACCCACAAAUUUGGUGUCUCAUUACAUACAUCUCUAUCAAAGUUUGGAAGUUUGGUUGUAAUGAGUACCAUCUUCAUCAAAGUGGAUGCAGAUUUUUCCACUCCCACUAACCAGAAACCAACGGAAUAAUUUAGAUAUAGGUUGGUGGGUUACAACCAUCAGAUCUGCAAAUAAUAAUUGGGAAAGUUACCCAUAUUUCAUCUCAUUUCACCUACCAGAUAAACCCAACUCGAGUUAUACCCAUAAUUCAUUGAAGAAACAGAAAGAAAGAAGGGAAAGUUUUUGAGUAAAUUACGAACUUUUGUAGAUUCAUUCAAUCUCUCUAACAUAAUGCAAGCAUAUUCAACAAGAAAUGCAGUCAAUGGUUGAGAAGAAAUGAAAAAGAUAGUCAAAAGAAAAGUAAAGCAAUGAGGACGUUUUAAUGAUUAUGUGAAGAAUGAAAAAGAGGAAUGAGUGAAACUGAGGAAGAAAAAGCAAACAAAAGAGGAGAGAAAAAGAAUGAUGGGCCGAAAGAAAUUUUGUGUCUUUGGUUCUCUUUCGCUAUCUGUUCCUAAUAAGAACAUCAGCACAGCAAACCCAUAUGAGAAAUGAAAUGAAGUUGUAGAAGGAGGAGCUGAAAUUCAAAGCUUGUGAGGGAAGUGCUCUAAUGGUGGACUGAGUGAAAAUGGAGGUGGUGGGUGGUUGAGCAGAAUCAACUGCAAUACUCUCUCUCCUCUUUCUCUCUCUUCGGUGUCAGGGGUGAAGGGAAAAGGGAGAGAUAAUAGGAAGGAAAAGUCUGAAACGGUUAGAUUUCAGGUUUUGCAAUUCCAAGAAAACAAAAGGGCAGAGAGGAAAGGGAAGAAGCAGAGGAGGCAGUUAGGACCCACGAAUGUUUCUCUUUCUCGCAUCCUCUGCUUUCGGACCGUUUCUCACAGAAACAAAAACAACCCGAACUCUUUGGCCAAGUCGUCCUCCGCAGAUCUCGCAAUCCCAGAGGAGUAGGGAUAGGGCCAUUGGUACGCCAACAACUUAACCCAAAAAUGGCUCUGAUUUCUUAUGAGUUCAAGUCAUUUUCCCUUCCUUUUUUCCUCCCUCACAUAAUGGAGAACACCCUUUUGAGCUGGUGGACGUAGGGGUUCCAUUUUCCCCUUGCUGAGCCCAUUUCCCGAUCGGGGUCGAUCUCUGUUGCUUUUGCUUCUCUGAUCGAUGCUGUCGGGAUUUGGUGGUUCAUGGGUUGCAUUAGUUCCAAGCAGGUUACUAAGGCGACAAAAUCUCCCGUCCGCAAACGCCGUGCCACCACCACCGCCACUGCCACCGUCGCCGCAAAUGGCGCUGCUGUGACCCUGGAUCCUUUGUCCAGAACGCACUCUGUGACGACGCUCGAUCAUGACAAUAAAGGGGAUAACAAAUCGGAUGAUCGGACUCGAGAACUCAGAAAAUCUAAGAAGGAGAGCUCCCAAGGGGUGAAGGCUUCUCAAAGCCUCAAAUUAGGGGCUCCUCAGCGCAAUGUGGAAGCCGAGCAGGUUGCCGCAGGCUGGCCUUCUUGGCUCAGUAGUGCCGCCGGCGAGGCUGUUCACGGAUGGGUUCCUCUCCGAGCUGAUUCCUUCGAGAAGUUGGAGAAGAUUGGACAAGGUACAUACAGCAGCGUGUUCCGUGCUCGACAAGUUGAUACAGGGAGGAUGGUUGCCUUGAAGAAGGUUCGUUUCGACAAUUUCCAACCAGAGAGCAUUAGGUUUAUGGCACGAGAAAUCAUGAUUUUGCGCAGGCUCGAUCACCCAAACAUCAUGCACUUAGAAGGCAUAAUUACUUCCAAAAUGUCUAGCAGCAUUUACCUUGUAUUUGAAUACAUGGAACAUGAUCUUGCAGGCCUUGUGUCUUGUCCUGAUAUCGAAUUCAGUGAGGCACAGGUCAAGUGUUAUAUGAGACAGCUUCUAUCUGCAAUUGAGCAUUGCCACCUUCGGGGUAUAAUGCAUAGGGACAUUAAAGCAUCCAAUAUUUUGGUAAACAAUGAAGGAAUUCUCAAGUUGGCAGAUUUUGGAUUAGCAAAUGUCAUAAACACAAAAAACAAGCAAGUGCUAACAAGUCGAGUGGUAACCUUAUGGUAUCGCCCUCCCGAGCUUCUGAUGGGUUCGACUGAUUACGGAUUAACCGUCGACCUUUGGAGCAUAGGAUGUGUAUUUGCAGAACUGCACCUGGGAAAACCCCUUCUGAAAGGAAGAACCGAGGUUGAACAAUUGCACAAAAUAUUCAAACUUUGCGGCUCCCCACUUGAAGAGUUCUGGAAGAAAACAAAGCUUCCUCAUGCAGCUAUGUUCAGACCCCAACAUGCAUAUGAAAGUUCCCUGAACGAAAAGUGUAAAGAUUUUACCCCAUCUGCAUUGAGCCUUUUGGAAACUUUUCUUGCCAUUGAACCUUACAAGCGCGGGACCGCCUCAUCUGCUCUCAUGUCUGAGUAUUUCAAAACGAAACCAUAUGCUUGCGAUCCAUCUACCUUGCCCAAGUAUCCACCAAACAAAGAAAUGGAUGCCAAAAACCGUGAAGAUGCACGAAGGAAGAAGGCAAAUGCAAGGACAAAAGAACCUGUACCAACACAAAGGGCUAGAAGAGUUAGAAGAAAUUUGCCAGAACUCAACGGCCAAAAAGUGCAAGCAAAAGAAAAAGAGGAUGGAGAAGAAAACAUUCAACCUUCUAGGCGGAACAAUGGCAGCAAUCAUUCCAAUGAACAAGGUGACGUUUUCCAGAGAGAGUCGCAGAAGCCACUAUAUGAUACAACAUCGGAAGCUGCCGCUGCAACUGCACCAAAUCAGAUAGGAGACAGCGCAUUCACAGCCCCAAUUCCACUCUCAGCGUCUAGCGGCUUUGCUUGGGUAAAGAAGCGGAAAGAGGAAGCUACAUCUACAAUAUCAGAUGGUCUUAAAAGCCAAAUAAGUGCUCUGGAUCCAUCUUUUGCAAAUUACACCCUUGAAUUCACAAGAAAAUACAAUGAACAUACGAACAUUCCAGCCAAUUCAGUCACGCAGGACUAUGAAUUGCGAAAGCAGCAAAGGAGAGUACAUGAUUUUCCCGAGUCUUUUGAUGCAUCCGAAGAAUCAUUCUUGGAGAUGUCCAAUGAACUCCAUCCGAAACAACAAACCAUUGUCACAGCACAUCUGGACAACGAUGAUAUGGAAUCACACAUUGAAUUCUCAGGACCUCUGUUAACACAGCCCCAUAGAGUAGAUGAACUCCUGCAACGAAAUGAAAACCACAUCCGACGAGUAGCUCGGAAAUCCAGGUUCGAAAGAGAUAAAUGAUGCAUUCAUUUUCCGGUGCAAUAGUCAGAUGAUAGACGUACAUAAAAACCACACUUAGCAGCAGUUCCACAAUUUCAUGCCUGCGUCCACAAGGAGAGCUCAAAUUGACAUUUGCUACCCGACACCAAAAACAAGCCCACGGUAGCAGAAAAGAAGAAGCUUCCACAAAUAUUCAUACAUUUAUUUAAGAUGUUCAGACAAAUUGAAUGAAAAACACCGUCGGAUGCAAUUGAUCAAUUAUUGGAAACGUGAUUUUG